UUCUAGAAGAAUAGAGAAGUGUUUCUGUAUAUUAUGGGAGUAAGGUUCACCUAUCCUUGGGUGGGUUAAAGUGUCCUACUGAAUAAUCUGGACCGGAGAAGAGAACUAAAGGUACUUCAGGCGCUGAGAUAAACUCUCCCUUCAUGACUUCAGAACUCUGGUUACUCAUUUACAAAUGGAAUAAGAUAAAUGUUCAGUAUAAUAAUUAGAGAAGUUCUAUAAACCACUUGUAACGUUAAGUUUUUAUUCUACUACCAAACCAUGUUCCUGUAAACCUUUGGUUACCUCUAAAUUUCCAGUAUCUGGAAGAGAGCAAGCUGUGGCAUCACCCACCCAGGCCCUCCUACGUCCUACUCACUCACAAAGAAUUUCCCCUUUGAGCGACUGUAACACUGGCUGCUGACUCAUACCAGAUUCCUUAGGAUUGGCUGGGACUGCAAAUAAAACAUUGUUUGCCUAUAAUGAGGUCAAUAAGCUGCAACAUAAAGGCACACAGAUUCCCAGUUUUAAAACAGAACAUGAAGCGUCUGCUAUCUUCUUUCCUCUUAUUAUUUUCAGACAAGACCUGGAGAGCAAACAUUCUCCCUGGCCAAAAGAAAAGGUCUUUGAAGGGAGGGAAAAAAAAAAAAAAACACCCUAAAAUGGGUCUACUGAGUUCUAAAAACCCCAAAACCAAGCAAGCCCGGAUUCUUCUUCUGGGACUUGACUCAGCUGGGAAGUCUACGCUCCUUUACAAAUUAAAGUUUGCUAAGGAUAUUACGACCGUCCCAACAAUAGGUUUCAACGUGGAGAUGAUCGAGUUGGAAAAGAGUUUUUCACUCACAGUCUGGGAUGUUGGAGGACAGGAGAAAAUGAGAACUGUGUGGGAAUAUUACAGUGAGAACACCGAUGGGCUGAUGUAUGUUGUGGAUAGUACGGACAAGCAGCAACUGGAAGACUCCAGGAGAGAGCUGAAGCCCAUUUUGAAGAAUGAACACAUUAAAAAUGUGCCUGUUGUCCUGUUAGCCAACAAACAGGAUGUGCCUGGAGCUCUGACUGCCAUCACCAGAUGGCAGGACAUCACCAGAAUGUUCAGAAUGAAGCAGCUCUGCAGUGACCAGAACUGGAAUGUUCAGCCCUGCUGUGCCAUCACUGGGGAUGGACUGAUGGACGGGUUCAGGAAACUGACUGAAUUUGUGAAAAGCCACAUGAAAUCAAGAGGAGACACUUUAGCAUUCUUUAGGUAGAACUGAGAUCCAAGCAGUGACAUACUGGUGAAGUUGAAAGGGUAACUUUUUUUCGAUGCCAAAUGAGAAAAGCAAGUUGCUGAGUUAGCAAACUUGUCCUAAGAUGUUAUUUCACCUAAAUUCAGCUAAAACAUAGAAUAAUAUCUAGACAAUAUUAUUUUUGGCCAGGCACUUUAGUUAACUAUGUGGUAAUGAUAGUUGAGAAUGAAAAUUUUACAAUUUUGUAUAUGUUGGAUUUAUGUAUGAAUCAGAAUAAUCGUGUUUGGGACCAAAUAAAUUAUUGCUUUAUUGUUUUUAUAUGAUGACUAGAACAAAGUUUAAGUAAACUGCUA